GUCGACCAGGAGUGGCCUCUCCCUAGGUGGACCUUCGGGGCAUGGGCUGGUGGUCCCAUUAGCGGGCUCUGGGAAGAUCCUCUCCUGGCCUCUGUGUGUCGCGGUGUUUCGGUCUACUGACCACUCGCGUGUCAUGUUUGUCAGGGACUACCUGGAGAGCAGAAGUUUGACUGACAGUCUGGAGACUGGAAACAAGUGUGAAUGGGACAUGGGGUACGAAAAAAAGAACUAUCACAUUGCUUCCAAGGACUUGGAGCACCAUAGUGGCAGACAGAAUGAGCAAGAUUGGCACCAUUUUACCAGAUCUUCUGGACAUCAUGGAUAUAACCAACAUAGCAAUAGGAGAUAUCACCACGAACAAUAUCAUAACAUCGAAAACUGUAAACACUCAGACUCGAGGACCUACCAAAGAACAAGAGCCACCAGUAUUGGAGAUGACGACGAAGGUCACUUGAUCUAUCACAAUGGAGACAUGCUGACAUCAAGAUAUGAAAUUGUUGGUACAUUAGGAGAAGGUGCUUUUGGAAAGGUGGUGGAAUGCAUUGAUCAUUCAAUCAAUGACUGUGUCCAUGUGGCCAUGAAGAUUGUAAAAAACAUUGAUAGUUACCGCGAUGUUGCCAUGUCUGAGGUGGCAAUAUUGAAGAAGAUGAAUACCCUGGAUUCCGACAGUCACUAUGCCUGUGUGAGGAUGUUGGACUGGUUCAACCACCAUGGCCAUAUUUGCAUCGUCUUUGAGCUAUUGGGUCUCAGUACAUAUGAACUUCUGCAAAAGAACAACUUUCAGCCCUUUCCUGUGGAAAACAUCAGACAUAUGGCCUACCAGAUCAUCAGAGCUGUCAGGUUCCUACACAAAAACAAGUUGACUCAUACUGAUCUGAAACCGGAGAACAUUCUCUUUGUGGAUUCAGACUAUGCUGUCCUGUACUAUUCGAAAGAUAAAUGGAGUGAAUUGACCCUGAACAUCCCAGAAGUGAAAGUAGUUGACUUUGGGAAUGCAACAUUUGAUCAUCAGUACCAUUCGUCUGUGGUAUCUACCCGUCAUUACCGUGCUCCAGAGGUCAUUCUAGAGUUAGGCUGGAAUCAAGCUUGUGAUGUCUGGAGUCUGGGCUGCAUUCUCAUAGAGUAUUAUCUGGGAUCAACAGUCUUCCAGACACACAGCAAUAGAGAGCACCUGGCCAUGAUGGAAAGAGUCCUUGGUCCCAUCCCAACACACCUUCUACAGAAAACCAGGAGGAGGUGUUAUGUCCAUCGUAAUCGACUGGAUUGGGAUGCGCGUAGCUCCUCAGGAAGAUACGUCAGGAAACAAUGCAAACCAUUCAAGGAAUACAUGACCUCUAGAAGCCCAGAGCAUCGCCAGCUUUUUGAUCUAAUACAAAGGAUGUUGGAGUAUGAUGUGACCCAGCGCAUCACCCUCAAUGAGGCUUUGUCACAUCCCUUUUUUAAGAACAUAAGGAAAAGUAGAAAAUGAAAGGCCUCAGGGUGAUCUUUGAUAAACUAGGCCAGUUGACAGAUAUAUUCUCCUAGACAACAGACUUCUAAAGGCACUAAGGGGUAGGUAUAUUGGAAAACUUUACGUAAAUCAUUUUGCAGAAAGUGUAUGCUGUGCCUUUUCAUUUCAUGUGGAAUUUACUAUUCAUCCACUUAGUAAUUCUGCCGUUAAUUGUUUAUUCUGUAUCCACCACAAUCAGUGAAAAACUGUUUUCUGAAGCACUUCAGUUGUUACUCCUGAAGAUCAUAUUUGCCUCAGUUUGGUGGUCAUGGUCAUUGGGUGUCCUGCAAGGGCGGAUGUUUUUAUCCUGUAUCUAAAUGAACUCGUGUGUAUAAUGAGUAGCCUACUUGAUAUAUUCUGUUUUCUGUGGCACAUGUCAGGAUUGGACUGUGACCAUUAAAACUUUUCCAAUAAAA